GGCAAGAUUCAUGACAAUAAAUGCUAACCAGACCCCCUGUGAUUUCACAAGAAACGAAACAUAGAGAAUCCAUUUACGGAAGUUCAGUUUUCAUUACAUUAGCAAAUACUUCCACCCCUGUGGCUAUAUAAGCAGUGGAAUUUCAUUAGGGUUUUAAAAGAACCACGACGCACACAGCAAGACACCAAGAGGUAAGACAUUUGAGAAUCAGAAUGUCAUCUGUGGAAAAGCCAAAAUUAACUAUUGUCCUCAGUGCUGCAUAAACAAUACUGUUUGAUUUGAUUAGAUAUACUUGAUUGUCUCUUGUACACAUACAUUUACUUUAUGUAUAGAAAAUGGACUCCGUUAGAAAUCAACAAAAUGUGAUAUGAUGUGUUAUCAAUACAAUGUAUGGAGUGGAAAUAGCACAGUGCAUUGUAGACUGUAUGAUCCAGUUGCCUUAUUGAAUGCAGGUAUUUGAAGUGAAGCAUUAGAUUUUUUGCAGAUACAGCAUUACCUGUAUUUUUGUGUAGAAUAACAUUUUGCUAUUUUAGUACAAAAAAAUGAAAUGCAAUUGUAAUUAAUGUAUUGCAUCAGCUAAAACGAUUAAUGGUGGUUGUUAUUGUUGGGGAAGAUGGUAUAAUAUAUAGACAUUAAAGCUUUAUGCCAAUGGUUUUGCUCAUGGACGUUGUGAGGUGGGCAUAUUUAAGCAUGACACACACUGAGAAUCGCACUGCCGAUAAUAGUGGGAGGACGUUCCUUCUCUUGCUAGAACAAACGCGGUACGUACUACGUACUGACCCGGUAGCGACGAACCUGCCGUUUCUACUUGUAGAAUCGCAAUGCUUGUCAGUAUCAAACAACUUUCGCAAUGCUCAUCAGUGUCAAACAACUUGACUUUGAGCCAAUCAGAGAGCCACAGGAGUGACAACAAACAGGAAAAAGAGGCAUCCACGGUUAAAUGUCAUGAGCCAGUCACACUCCAUAUACAGUGCCGUGAAAAAGUAUUUGCCCCCUUUCUAAUUUUCUCUACUUUUGCAUAUUUCUGAUACUGAAUGUUAUCAGAUCUUCAACCAAAACCUAAUAUUAGAUCAAGGGAACCUGAGUGAACAAACAACACAACAAUGACAUACUUAUUUCAUUUAUUUCAUAAACAAAGUUAUGCAACACCCAAUUCCCCUGUGUGAAAAAGUAAUUGCCCCCUUACACUCAUUAACUGGUUGUGCCACCUUUAGCUGCAAUGAAUCCAACCAAACGCUUCCUGUAGUUGUUGAUCAGUCUCUCACGUCUCUGUGGAGGAAUUUUGGCCCACUCUUCCAUGCAGAACUGCUGUAACUCAGCGACAAUUGUGGGUUUUCAAGCAUGAACUGCUCGUUUCAAGUCCUGCCACAACAUCUCAAUUGGGAUUAGGUCUGGACGUUGACUAGGCCAUUACAAAACUUCACAUUUGUUGCAUUUUAGCCAUUUUCAUGUAGACUUGAUUGUGUGUUUUGGAGUAUUGUCUUGCUGCAUGACCCAGAUGUGCUUCAGCUUCAGCUCACAGACGGAUGGCCUGACAUUCUCCUGUAUAUUUAACUGAUACAGAGCAGAAUUCAUGGUUCCUUCUAUUAAGGCAAGUCGUCCAGGUCCUGAGGCAGCAAAGCAUCCCCAAACCUUCACACUACCACCACCAUGCUUGACCGUUGGUAUGAGGUUCUUAAUGUGGAAUGCAGUGUUUGGUUUUCGGCAGGCAUAAUGGAACCCAUGUCGUCCAAAAAGUUAUACUGUUGGAUCAUCUGUCCAUAGAACAUUCUUCCAAGAGUCUUGAUGAUCAUCCAGGUGCUUCCAGGUGCUUUUUGGCAAACUUGAGUCAACUUUUUGGAUAAUAAUAAUAAUAAUAAUAAUAAUAAUAUGCCAUUUAUGGGUAACAUUAUGCCUUUGCUGUGUGAACACAAAAUAAACUGCCUUCCUACACUCUGUUCAGAGGUGCUAAGUACUGUCGGCAGUCAGUGAUGUAAAGUACUUAAGUAGUUUUUUUGGGUAUCAGUACUUUACUUUAUAUUUUAUAUUUUGACAACUUUUACUUUUACUUCACUACAUUCUUAAAGAAAAUGAUGUACAUUUUAAUCCAUACAUUUACCGUGACACCCAAAAGUACUCGUUACAUUUUGAAUGCUUAGCAGGACAGGAACAUUUUCUAAUACACACAAUUAUCAAGAGAACAUCCCUGGUCAUCUCUACUGCCUCUGAUCUUGCGGACUCACUAAACACAUGCUUCGUUUGUAAACGAUCUCUGAGUGUUGGAGCAUGCACCCUGGCUAUUCAUCAAUUUAAAAAUCAAGAAAAUGAUGCCGUCUGGUUUGCUUUAUAUAAGGAAUUUGAAAUUAGUUCUACUUUAACUUUUGAUACUUAAGUAUAUUUUAGCAAUUACAUUUACUUUUGAUAUUUAAGUAUAUUUAAAACCAAAUACUUGUAUACUUUUACUAAAGUAGUAUUUUACUGUGUGACUUUCACUUUUACUUGAGUCAUUUUCUAUUAAGGUAUCUUUACUUUUACUAAAGGAUGAAAAUGGCGUACUUUUUCCCACCACUGUCGGCAGGCAAACUUAUACAAUCCUACCGGUGUGUCUGAGCUAUAAUUAGGGGACCCAUGUUGCCUCAAGAGCACCCCCAGAGGCAAAAGUUCUGUAUAGCCUAUUUAAUAUGGUUUAUACCAUAAGGCAAAACCUGGACUGUAUGAUUCCUCUUCCAUUUCCCUCUUUUUCUAUUGCUUAUCUGUUUGUCAAUUUCCCAAGCUGGCUGGUGAAAAUGCAGAAGCGUGGAAUCACUCUGUGGCUGCUGUUGCUUGUCCAAGUCCCUGGACUAGACUCUGCAACAUGGAAUCUAUUCAGUGAGUUCAAUUUAGCCUGGUUUGUACUAUGUUGUCAACUCCUACAGUCAUUGGCAUGCCAAAGGCCAUGGCCAUACAGCACAAACAGAUCUGGGACCAGGAUAAGUUCAGUUAGCCAAAGGCACAAUGAAAUCUGAUAUUCCCCUAUCACAAUUAAGUAAUGUUAGUUUGUGAAUGAAAAUGACAUGAUGUUUUAAUAGCAGACUUUCCAAUGUAUCAGGCAUUGGCCAAUCAUGUAGUGUACUCCUCAAGUUCCUGUCACAAUUACUGUUACACAUGUUUGUUUGUGAAUGACACUGUUUGUAGGACAAUGACAUGAUAUUUUUAUAGUAGACUUUCCAAUGAAUCAGGAAUAGGCCAAUCAUGUAGUGUACUCCUCAAGUUCCUGUUUGCAAAACACAAACAAGUUGGUUCAUGCUUUGUACUGUAGUCUAAUAGAAAUGUAAGCAAACAGCAUAGUUGCAUAAAUCCGUGGUCGUUUGUAGCUCAUCAGUCCAAUUUCUAAACUGACUAACUUAAGAUCCUCACCCUCUCUGUGCUCACAGGUAAGUCCUCGACAGAGCCCCCACAGGAGGGUGAGGUGAGGCUGGUGGGGGGUAAACAGGAAUCAGAGGGUCGAGUGGAGGUGUACCACGAGGGGAAAUGGGGGACCGUCUGUGACGAUGGCUGGGACCUGGCCGAGGCUCAGGUGGUGUGUCGUCAGCUGAAGUUCCCUGGCGUUAUAUCUGCUGUCACUGGAGGGACUUAUGGAGAGGGUGAGUAUCUUACAAAGGGUCAUGUUCACUAGGCACAAAAUUGGAGAAAAUGGACUGAAACAGUCAGGAACUACCUGGGACGUAUUCACUAGGCACAAAAUGGAAGAAAAAAAACAGAGUGAAAUGGGAAGGUACUAUCAGAUCUUGUGCAAUAAGAAACGCUCCUUUUCAUUUUCUGUCAGCACAACAAUUUGAAACCUUUUGCUACAGUUUGCCUGAUGAAUAUGACUCCUUGCAUGAGUUUGCCACCAGGAGGCAGUGGAACAAAUUAAGUAUUAGUGGCAUUGUCAAUAACUGAAUCCCAAAUCAAACCUCAGCAACCCCUACCCCCUAGGGACUUUUGUAAAAAUAUGAGAGGAUUGAAUAAGUGUUAGCAAUAUGACCACAAGGAAUUUGGGAUUCUUGGAGGGAGCAAGUUCAGAUAGGCAGUGAUUUGUGGGAAUGGCAGGCAGCACCAGCAGAAAGAGUCAACUAACAUAAUUUAAUACACCACAAUAUAAUAUUUUGCAUAUUUCUGCACAUGAUUUUGCUUGCUCUUUGUUUAUCCUCUAUUUUGUGUAUCCAAGGAUCGGGUUCAAUCUGGUUGGAUGAUAUGAACUGCAAAGGAACCGAGAAGUCCCUGUCCAGCUGUCCUUUCAAGGGCUGGGCGUUGACCGACUGUUCCCACAAGGAGGACGCAGGGGUCGUUUGUGAGAGAGGUACUACACUUUUCCCUGAUUCCUUUGCUCCUAUCUCCUCGUCUCCUUCUGAAAAGUCUCCACGCCUCCUUCUCAAAACGGCAGAGAUGUUUUUAGGAGGUGAGUUGAGAGGAUGCAAGGAAUUGAGGAAAAUACAUUUGAGAUUCACCCAGUGUGUCUGCAGACCCUGUUUGACCAAGGAUUAGGGAAGAAACAUACAUUUUAACCCAUAAAAACUACACAAGGUUAUUUUCCUGGUUAAAUAAAGGGAUGAAUUAAUGAAUUAAUACAUGUUCCUAAACUUCACUGAAACUAAAAUACACACUAUCAGCCCUACAUAUUCCUACUAAUCAUGUACAGUCCUAAUCAUGUGCAUUCCUCAUACGGUACAGGCACAGAUUUGACCAGUGACACAGCCCAUUUCCUGGACCACAGUCUGGGCCUGUCAGAUGACCUGGGCGAGCUGUUUGACCGUGGGGAUGACUGUGACUUCCUCAUCGCAUUCCAGAGCCCCACAGGGAACAGAGAUGGGGAGGGGAAGUUGGAGGUGGAGGAGAGGAACAUCUGCACCCACAAACUGAUCCUCUCUCUCUACCCACACUUCAACAUCACCAAUGGGUCCAGUAGCCUCUCCGUAGAGAUUAGCCAAGCCUGCAGCCCCCAUGUCACCAGCUUCAUCAGGUACUAGUCUAUGACCCUUAACAGGUGCUAUUUAGAUAUACUGUAUGUUUAUUGGAUUAAAUACAUACACAAGAAUGUUGUAUGUCUUAAAGGGGAAGUUCAGUAUUUUACAACAAUGUUAGAUGGUUCCUUACCCUGAAUGUAGGCUGUUGGCCAGGAGAAACUGUAAUCCGUGGAUGCAUUUUCUUUGAACAGCUGCUACAAACUUCUAGCUAACAAUCAAUGGAAGUGAUAGGGGUAUCUGUGCAAUUUUAAAAUGUCAUAGCCAAAUCAGCUCAAAUCAACUCAAAUCAACUUAAUUUUUGGUUUGAAAUUUCUUUAAAAAGUGAUUUGGCCUUCUUCUUUUUUUUUUUUUUUUUUUUUUACAUUGCAUGGAUACCCCUAUCACUCCCAUUGAUUUUAAGCUAGCGGUGGCUAAAGUAAGCUGAAGUUUGUACUGGCUGUUUUAAAGAAAACCUAACCAUGGAUUACAGUUUGUCCUGGCCCAUAGACAAAUUUCAUCCAACAUGAAGUUGUAAAAUGCAGAACUUACCGCACCGUACACCCCAAAAUCCAAAUGUGUCAGAUGAUUUUAGACCUCAAAAGUAGACUGUAAAGAUGAAUCCAUGUCUCGUUGCAUCAAUUGUGUAGAUCCAGGGUGAUUGUGCCUCACUUAAAGCACAGUUUCUCUCUAUCCAACACCACUGGCUGAAUUUCCUUUUUAGCUAUGGUAUCUCCUAAAAAUGUUUGAAUAAAAGUUAAUUUAUUUAAAUGUCCUUGCUCUGGUUCUCUAGGUACCUUUACACCCACAAGAUCGACGUGACCGUCUCCUCCGCCCAGUGCCUCCACAAGCUGGCUUCAAAGUUCGGGGUGAAACGGCUGAUGCAGGACACCGGCAGGCUCUUCACCGUACUCCUCCCUGAGGACCCCUCCUUCCACACCCAGGCCUCUCUGUACCAGUACUCCGUCCAGACCGGGGACCUGCUGCUUAAGGAGAACUGCCUCCAGUACCUGGCCUGGAACUGCGAGGCUCUGAUCAACUCCCCGGCCUGGAGUGACCUCUCCGCAGACUUCCUGAUGGCCCUCUUGGCACGCUCUGACCUAGUGAUACCGGACGAGGGGUUCCUCCUGCAAGCGCUGGAGAGUUGGAUCAUAGAGAAGGGUGACUCGACUGGCACCAAGAGCCAGGUGGCCCUGUUAGGCCACAUCCGCUUCCCGAUGAUCCCCGCCGAGAAGCUCUACGACCUGCAGUUUACCUCGGAGCUCUACAGGAGCCACGAGAAGCUCUAUCGUCUCAGCAUGCUCAGAGGCUUCCAGUUCAACGCCUUGCCAUUCGAAACUCUGAGGAAGCACAAAAGCAGCGAGAGUGAAGAAGAGCACGAUUACUAUCCCAGGAUCUACACUGCUGAGCCAUGGAGCUUCACCAUCAACUCAACCAACAAGGAGCCACCACGCCAAGUUAUUCGAUAUGAUUACAACAGACGCUACAGCCACUACCAAAAUCAUUACCCCACUCCAGCCACAGACUAUGGCAAGUCAUUCACCACACCAAACCACAAUAGUGUGAUUUACCAGACCAAAGGCACCAACCCCCUCAGUUGGUCAGCAAGAGUCUUUAAGAACCAAGGAGAAUGUUCCAGGUGUAUUUCCUUCCCCACUGCCAGCCUCUCUCUCCAAAGCAGCCUUAGACACCAAAACCAGACCAACAGUGUUCGCUUCAGCAACCGACUGCUCCUAACAUGCGAGGGCAGGUAUGUCUUUCACGUUCAGGACUUCAAGAACAACAUGGCCCAGAUCCCUACUAACAUCAGGCUGGCCCUGUCCUACCCCUGUCCUAAAGGCCAGUAUGACUUUCGCUUCGUGGUGAGACCAGAAUACAUUUGAUAGCACUGCCUGGCACAGAUGCAACAGU